AUGUCGAAUUUUACUAAUAUUUUAAUCAGUAAUCUUACAGAUUCAAAUAUUCAAAUACCCAAGAAAAAUGAUCCAUUAAGAAAUGUAAAUCCAAUAUAUUCUCAAUUAUAUGAUACUUUUGAAAAUGAACCCUGGUUACCUAAUUCAUCAAAGGAUAGUACUCAAAUGAAAAUGAUAAAGACUGAUAGUGAUUUACUGUUUCAAGUAUUAAUGAUCGAAAAUAUUUCAAAAUCAAAACAAUCUCAGUUAGAUGAUUUAAGUACAAAGUUUGAUCCAAAAAAUCAACGUGUUGAUACUUUGAGACAAUCUAAAGGUCCAAAAAAAUUUGAUAUAGUUAACCAAGUGGAUUUAGAUAAAGAUGACAAUGCUACUACUUCUAAUAAUAGUAAUAACACUACAUCGACAAUUCCUUUAAAAUCAUCAUCUGACCUACAAUCUCGUAAAACUGUGUAUAAAAUAACAUUACAAACCAAAAAAAGUGAUAUUUUUUUUGCAAUUAAUACUUAUCCAAUUCAUUGGGACAAUUGUUGUGCAGGUGCAAAAUUGAUUAUUAAGAAAGGUACUAUUUUUAAUAGAGGUGUCUUUUAUUUAAAGGAAGAAUUAACUGCAAUGUGUUUUGGUUCCGUUCAUUCAUGGGUGGAACAACAAGAUUUGAAAAAAUAUUCUUAUCUUGAAGGGAAAUUGAGUAGAGAUAAUGAUGGUUUCAAAGAUGUAUCAACUUCUAGAAAGAGAAAAGCUAUAGAUAUAAGUGAGGACGACAUAUGA